GUUCUUUAAGCUAAGGUUUAAAUUCUUGGCUGUAAGGUUGGUUGGGUUCAAUUUCCUAUUCGUCUUCUGAUUCUAAAUUUCUGAUGCUGUAGACUCACUAUUGGCCCAAUAAAGAAGCAUCUGAAAAACUGACCAACAGCCCAUCUAUUAGGUCCAACAUCAUCUCAAAUAGCUAAGAACCACACAAGUGAAUGAGAAAUCAGUGUCCUUGGGGUCAGUGGGAGGCCAACCAUAAAAACUCUCCCGCAAUUUUCAAACUUGAUGCGGAUUGGACCAAUAAGAUAACCUUAUCCAUCAAAUCCAACUUGGGAAGCUGCCACGUAGGACAGAGAUAGAGAUGACAUGGCCACCUGAUAUCUCAAAUUUCCACCUCUCAUUAUUCCCCUCCUUCCACUCCCCUGCUCACAAAAACACACAUUGCAACGCCCCCAUCUUUAUAUCAUAGUAAAAACUAAGGAGAAGGUGUUGGUUUUUAGACUCAGGGUGAAGAGACAAGAAAACCAAUGGCUUCCACUUCAACUGUUUCAAUGGCUCUGCCAUUAACUCAUGCUAGCCAAAAGAGGGUGCCAAGCUCUGAGGCUUUCUUUAAGCCACUUCCAGUCAAGCCAUCAAGGGCGGUGGCCAUGACAAGACCCACUGGAAGGCUUGAAAUCAAGGCUUCUUCUUCACUUAAGGAGAAGGCAAUCACUGGGUUGACAGCUGCUGCACUGACAACAUCCAUGAUGCUCCCUGAGGUUGCUCAAGCUGCUGAUGGAUUUACCCCAUCUCUCAAGAACUUCUUGCUUAGCAUUGUGGCUGGUGGUGUUGUGCUUACUGUCCUUGCUGGAGCAGUAAUUGGUGUGGCCAAUUUCGACCCUGUCAAGCGGAGUUGAGCUGCUAUUUAUAUUUUUCAAGAAAGAAAAAAAAAAUCUCUAUGUAUCUGUUUGAUGUUUCCAGCAAUGAACAUCUUCUGUGUGCGUAAUUUGUGGAUGCCAUAGCUGUAAUUUGGCUGAGACCCUGUGAAUUCACAAAUUCUUUUUCUUUUAACGCAACCGCGGAGCAAAUUAGACUGCCAAUUGAAAACACAAUGAGACGAUAUGAAAACAAUAUAAAA